UCAAACAGAUGAUGGAGGUGAAGCUUGUGUCCCUUUUUCUGGGCGUCUUGUGUUUGAACGCAGCAGCUUUAGCGCAGCACAGCUGUGGGCAGCGGACCCUGGUCGGACCGCCAGGACUGUCCAGGAUAGUUGGAGGCCGGGAUGCCCCAGUGGGAGCAUGGCCCUGGCAGGUCAGCGUCCAGCUGUUAUCCACCCACUUAUGUGGUGGGACAGUCCUAGACAGUAUCUGGGUUCUCACUGCCGCGCACUGCUUCCACAGUUACCGAUGGGUCAGCAACAGAUACUUCCAAGUGGUGGUGGGACUAAACGUGCUGUCCGCACCUGGGCCUCACGUCCAGACACGCUCCAUCAGUGAAAUCGUAAUGCAUGAGAACUACAAUUACAUCACGUCGGACAACGAUGUGGCGCUGCUGCUGCUCAGCUCCCCGCUCAACUUCACAGAUCAUGUCCAGCCUUGCUGCACUCCUCGUAACGCGAGCCAUGAGGUUACCCUCAACUGGAGCAACUGCUUCAUCAGCGGGUGGGGAGUCCCCUACUACCAAGGUGAGACAAUGGACGUGCUGCAAGAGGCUGAGGUGGAGCUCAUUGAGAGGGCCACAUGCAACCAGAGAACCUGGUACAACGGCAUCAUCACAGAAAACAUGAUCUGUGCCGGACUGGAGAGCGGAGGAGUUGACUCUUGCCAGGGCGACAGCGGAGGUCCACUGCAGUGCUACAGCGAGAGCCAAGAGACCUUCUAUGUUGUAGGAGUGACGAGCUUUGGAGACAAGUGCGGGGAGCCCCGCAAACCAGGGGUGUAUUCAAAAAUCAGCAGGUUCGCAGACUGGGUGACGGCAACUCAGGGGGGAGCUAGAGCCACUGCACACAGGCUCACCAGUAGCCUGAUCACAGCUCUGCUCUUUGCUGCCCUGACGCUGCUCUGAAACGUCCACCCUGUCUGCAGAAAAUAAAAACAAUCAGUGAA